UUGCGAAAGAAUCAAUAUAUCGAUUUUCGGUUCACAGUUAGCUUUGGUCAACUUGUCGCCUUCAGCUCGCAAAUAGCUUUAAUCAAUAUAUCGAUUUUCAGCUCACAAUUAGCUCUAUGUGCCAACUUUCUUUAUUCGACGUUCUUCAAAUGGGCUUCGGAUGAAUUGUGUUAUCCAUUCUUCUUCUCCUAUUAUAUGGCGAAAACGAUGCACAUCUCAGUCACGCUUUCCGUGUUGGUGCACAUGGCUGGGGUAUUUCACGUCGUGGCGCUAUCUAUAAUCCGAUAUUGCUCGCUGUCUGCCUUGGCAAACAUCAACUCCUCACAGCAAUGGUUCACUUAUCAGAAAUUCCGGAUUUCAUUGGUGAUCAUAUUCGUGAGUGUCGCUAUCAUCGGCAUCCCCCUUCACUUCACAUCAGAAGUGGUGAUGGUCGAGGAGAACGAAGGAUGUGCUCGUCGUCACCCUGCGCUACGAAAUGCUACAGCAUUCCAACUACAAUUUUCGUCAUUUCCUUACCUACAAACGCUUAAUUUUUGGUUGUUCAAUUUAUGCUCAAAGAUCAUUCCAUCGGUGAUUUUGUGCGUGAUGACGUUUAUGAUUCUUGCCAAGCUAAAGGCGAUCCAACAGCUGAGCGCACGAUUUACGAGCGAACAACGUGACAAACAGUACCAUAGGACCACGAAUAUGAUUCUGGUGAGUGUGACCAAAAUAUCCUUCAGAAAAGGACCGGAGCAGGUUUUCCAGACCGAGUCCUGA